UGUGACCUGCGUGUGUUUAGGCGUGUGUGUGUGUGCGUGUGCGCUGUGCAGUGCAGGAUAGCGGUGCAGACUGAAGGAUGGCAGGCAGCAGUAAAACUGAGAAGUACCAGAUUCAUGUUCCCAGUCUGGAGGAGUUAAGUGAGGUACUGGAAAAAGGACUCAGAAACAACUUUGAAGACGCGAAGGUCUGUGUGGCUGAGUGCCCAGAUCUCUCACAAGCACCAUUCCAGUUUCCUGUUAAAGGACUUUGUGGUAAACCUCGCAUUACUGAUGUGGGAGGUGUCCCCUACUUGAUCCCCCUGGUCCACAAAGACAAGGUGUAUAAUAUGAACACUGUGUCCAAGGAGUUGGAGCUUCCUGGGGCGUUUAUACUCGGUGCUGGUGCUGUUUCAUUUAAGACUGUCGGAAUGAAUGGAGAGUUGAUGCCACUGGUGCUGACUGAGUCUGAAGACAAGCCUGCUGUCAAUGGCAGCUACUUCUCCUCCAUCAAUCCAGUGGAUGGGAAGUGUCUGCAGGAGAAAUACAGUGAGAGAUUCAGUGACUGUGAUUUUGGGCUGCUUGCAAACCUCUUUGCGUGUGAGGGAAAACCUGGAAAGGUCAUUGAGAUCAGAGCGAGCAGACGGAAAGGGGAGGAGAGUCUUGUGAGCUGUAUGAGGAAAACGAUGGAAGAACAUUAUGGUGAUAAGACUGUGGCUCUUGGUGGGACCUUCAUCAUCCAGAAAGGGAAGGCCAAGAUCCACAUUAUGCCACAAGAGUUCUCUUCAUGCCCCCUGAAUACUAAUGAAGACGUCAACAACUGGCUGAAGCACUUUGAAGUCAGUGCUCCCCUCAUCUGCCAGUCUGUCAUGGUGUCCAGAGAUCCAGGUUUGGAUCUGAGGCUGGAACACACUCAUGGCUUCAGCCAUCACGGUGAGGGAGGCCACUACUACAUAGACACCACCCCAAACACAGUGGAAUACCUGGGAUACUUCCUCCCAGCUGAUUUCAUUUAUCGCAUUGACCGGCCAACGGACACCCACAAUGUGGGCAGAGACUGAAUAUAAUGAGGAUUUAGUCUUGCAGUGAAUCACAAUGACUGUUUAUUAAUGAAUCAAAUGAAUCAAAGAGCAAGAGCUCUUUAUGUUUUCAACUUACUGUAAAGAAAAUUUAGUUAAUAAAGAU